AUGGCAAAAUGUGGUACAACUGCUGAGUAUAUGUAUGGAACAUAUCCAACAAAAACAUUUCCAAAUCAUUAUUCAAUUGCAACCGGUUUAUAUCCGGAAAGUCACGGUAUUGUUGAUAAUAUUAUUUAUGAUAAACGAUUAAAAGCUGAAUUCAUUGAUAUACGACAGACUAAUGAUGCACAAUAUUUUAAUGGUAUACCGAUUUGGAAUGUACUUGAAAGACAGAACAUUACAACAGCUUGCUUAUUUUGGCCUGCAUGUGAUUCACCAAUAAAUGGUAUACAACCAACAUAUAAUUUAAAAUAUAAUAGGUCAAUGUCAUAUCGCGAUAGAGUCGAUCAGAUAAUAAAUUGGCUUAAAAUGCCUGCUGAUGUACGACCAUCAUUGAUAAUGGCAUAUUUUAGUCAACCUGAUGUCGUAGGACAUUACAAGGAUGACAUGGAUAUUUCUAAAGAGUUAGAAAAUCUUGAAUUGAUAUUGGAUCAUCUUUUUAAAACAUUGCAUAAUAUGGAAUCACUAAAUUGUAUUAAUAUCAUCAUACUUUCUGAUCAUGGUAUGCAAAAAAUUAAUCAUCGAUACUAUUUGAAUGAAAUGAUUGGCAAUGAGAAUAUUUUAUUUGCUGAUGGUGUGAUUGGACAGUUGUAUUUUCCAAAUGAUACUAAUUCAACACUUCAAGAUAAAAUAAAAGAAACAAUGGAAGAACUUAAAUGUUAUAACAAUGAAUACUAUCGAGUUUAUGAUAAGCGACGACUUCCAAAACGAUAUCAUUUUAGCAAAUCAGAUCGAAUUGGUGAUAUAAUCCUAGAUGGACAAUUGGGUACAAUCUUUUAUGAAAAUUUAGCAUACGAUUAUAAUAAAACGGGUGAUCAUGGCUAUGAUUUUAUAUUGGAACCAAUGCAUACAAUCUUUUAUGCAUAUGGUCCUAAUAUUGCCCGAGGCUUAGUUUUGAAGCCAUUUCAAAAUAUCGAAUUGUUCAAUUUAAUGAUUGCAUUACUAAAUGUCAAAUCAAAUUUAUCAUCAUCAAACAAUGGUACCGAAGGAAGAUUGAAUAGCGUUUUAGAUGACAUAGCAAUAAAUAAACCAAAUAGAUUAAAACCAUUGAAGGAAUGCAGAAUUAAUGAUAAUAUUCAAAAUGAUAAAACUUGCUUAUUUGGUUUAUCACUUUUGAUUUCUGGCAACGAAGAAUUGUGCUACUUAUCGAAUUGUUCCACUAUUUUACAAUCAGCUUUAAUCCAAAGAUCAGAUUCAGAUUAUCCUAUUGCAUUAAUUGAACGUAUCAAUUCGGAUUCAUUACUUUCACAACCAAAAUAUAAAAAUGACUCUAACGAAUGGAUUACAACUAGCUUAAGUGCAAAAGGUACAAAUGAUUUGCAAGUUAAUCUUCACAGGGAUUUUGUAAAAGGGCAUUUUAAUAAUUUGGAGAAGAUAACAUCUGAUUAUGUGGAAUUGUAUAAUGAAAUAAUUGUCAUUAGUGGACCAAUUUAUGAUUUUGAUGAUAAUAACUUCUUUGCUGAUUCAUCGGAAAUGUCAUCUGAAUUACGAUUAGAACGUAACACAACUCCAAGCCAUAUUUUUCGUGUAAUAUUUCGAUGCAAACAUUCACGAUGGUUGGAUGAGGAAUUUCAAUGUGAAAAUGCUAAAUCAUUAGAUGUGUUAUCAUUCAUUCUACCAAAUGUACCUAAUGAUUACAAUUGUUUAGAUUCAUUGUCCUAUUUAGCAGCAAAUAAGGCUAGAUUACGUGAUAUUGAAUUACUAACAGGCCUUGAAUUCUUACCAACUUCAUGGAUUUCACAAGCAGAACUUUAUGAUGACGAAUUCUCGAUAACGUUACGAACAAUGAUGCCUGAAGAUUUAUGGCUGAAAAACGAAUUAAAACGGUAG